AUGUCACGUUACAACAGCAAUCCAUCUCUUAAAGUAUCUUCAUUAAGGACGUCAUUUGGUGGUGAUCUGUCUAUUCGAACAAGUGAUGUCGCUUUAAACGAUUAUUCGUCGGCGUCAUUAAAAUCUGUUGAAAACGAAUGUAUAUCGAAAAUAAUUGAAAUUCUUGAAUUAGAUGAUUCAACUGAGUCAGAAAUCAUUGCUAAGCAACUAAUGAUCAAAGGAAGAAAAGCUUUACAUGACUAUGAAGAAGAUAUAACACCAAAUAUAUUUCGAAAACAAAUCAAUGAUGAUUCAUGUGAACUGUUAGAAACAUUAAAAUGUUACGUCGAACAACAAUGGAAAGCAAUGAUCCCUGACCAAUGGUUUCAUCAAUUUCUUGAGCAACAAAUAUCAGAAUCAAGAGAGUCUUACAAUAAAAUCUUAACACGAGCCGCAGAAUAUGGUUCAAAAUUUACCAAAGAUAAUGCUUUAUUGUCAUUAGUAAUUCAAUUUCUAUUUGAGUUCGAUGAUGACAACAUCGAAAAUACGGAUGUAUUUAAUCAGUUAUGGAAUAGCUUAAUCUGUGAAGGUCUUCAAGGAAUUCGACAUUAUGAAGAUUUUAUUGCGCCGAAUGUUCUUCAACAACAAUUACAAAACGAUCAAAGUCCUUUACGUUUAGCUUUAAGUGACUAUUUUUCUGAAGAAUUAAAAAAUUUUCUUCAACAGAAAGAAAUUAAUAUCAAUAGGCCUGAAAUAUUCAAAAUAGCUUUAGCUUGUGUUACCAAUAAAGGUUGGCUGGACGGUUUAAAUGACAAAACAGUAACCAAUUUAAUCGUACCAAAAAAGGUCAAAAUACUCAAUGAAAAAUCAAAAGAGUAUAUAAAUAAUAUAAUUUUACCCAUUAGAAAUCGAUCACCACCGAAUACCUAUCCCGAUUCCGUCAACAGAGAACAGGAUGAAACAAAACGUCAAGAACGAACUCGUGAAUGCACAAUGAUCACCAUGUGUAUUAAUGAGUAUGAAAAACUACAAUUAUCGAACUUAGUUGAAGCUGGUGAAUUGGUGUAUAUGGAUAAAAAACUUGAUGACGUCUUAGGUGAAAUUCUUAGCGAUUAUGGUUCAAAAAAAAGUUUUUCAUCAUUUAUCAGUACUUGUCUAACGCCGAUUAUGUACCUAUUGAAACGUCAUCAAAAUCUCGAUGACUUUUGCGAAAGUUUAUUCUUUAAAUAUUCUCAAAUUAAUUCGGUACUUAGGGAACCAAUAUUAAGUCUUCGAAUGAUUAUACAUAUUCUUCUAUUAAACUCUGAUUUAUCAUUAUCACGAAAAAUAAUGUCAUUACUUAGUAAAAGAAAUCCUGUGCCAUUCGUUCAACCAUCACUAAAAGAUCAUAUUGAACCAUAUGAACUUGUGUCCGACAUCAUACAUGUAUGGAAUUAUUCAGUACCGACAAUUCUUUCAUUUGGCAUAGGCGAAUGUCAGGGCAAGUCCACAUUACUUAACACCAUGUUUCUUUCAUCGUUUGAACAGUCAAUGCCAAGUAUUUAUUUUCAGAAUACUAUUGAUAUUGAUUUUGGCUAUAGUUUUUUGCCUCGUCGGUCGACAAAUAUUGCUGAUGCUCAUGGUUCCAUGAUGAAAAACUUAUUCGAACAAAUUCAUGAAUUGUUCGAUGGGUUUAUCAUUCAUGUUGAAUAUAAAUUUCUUUUGCCUCAUAUUGAUCGUGUCCAAGAGUUUUUACAUGUGAUUCAAAAUAAUGAAAAAUAUCGAUUGAUUAUUAUUCGAGAUGUUCCAACAAAUGAAUAUGAUCGUUGUUCGAAUUUUUUAUCGUCGAAUUUAAAAGAUAUUAAUGCAUUCAUUCUACCUGAUGUUGCCAAUCAGAAUAAUAAACAAAAUAAACAUUUUAUUUUAACAUUACGUGAUAAAAUAUGGGAAAAUAUUCCGACUCAAUGUCGACACAAUGAAACAUAUUUAAAAAACAGAUUAGAACAUUUAAUGAACAUUAAAUACAAACAACAUUUACGUGAAAUGUAUGAAUUUAUUAUGCCAUUACAACAAGAACUACUCCAAACGGUUGCUGAUCCAAGUAUGAUUAAACGAUGUUUUCCUGAAUAUUUAAAAUUUGCUGAACUUUGUCAAUUGAACUUAACAUUGGCACGCUUUAAUUUCUAUGGUGAUGAAAACGAUGCAAUCAUUUUUGACACUCGACGUAAAAUUUUUGAGCUGGAAAGUCAAUUAGAUAUUGUUGACAACGAUCCAAGCAUAAUUCAUAAAUUAUUCUUAAGAUUUCUACAAGCACCGAAUAUGUUAACCUGCUUGGAAUUGCUUGGAGAAGAAUUAAAAAAAGAACGUUCAAGAUUAGUUUCAACUGCUGAUAUGGCAACACAAUUGCCACUGCAAAAAAAUUUAUCUUUACAAGUUCUAUGGCGCAAUGCUAUAGUUUGUAGUCAAAAGGAACCGUUGGUUAUUCAAAAAUACAAUGAAUUUAUUAACGCUGGUUUUCCAUUUGAAAUUGUCGAUGGUGAUAAUUUCUAUUUUCCAUAUUCAUUUUUAUUCGAAGCUUUGAAACCAUUCUGUAAUCAUCGAACUUUAGUUAUUAGUGUUAUUGGACCGCAAAAUUCCGGUAAGAGUACUUUAUUAAAUUACAUGUUUGGUACUCUAUUUGAUGUUCGAGAUGGUCGUUGCACGCGAGGUAUUUAUGGUUCAUUUGUAAAAACAAAUCGAACUGAUUUUGAAUAUAUUUUGUUAAUUGAUACCGAAGGUUUAUUGAGUAUUGAACGAGAAGAUCCAGAAUUUGAUCGGCGUAUUGUUCUAUUUUGUUUAGCUGUUUCACAUAUAGUUCUCGUCAAUAUGGUUGGCGAAGUUAGUACAACUUUACAAUCGAUGUUAACAUUAUGUACUGAUUCAUUAGAAAAAAUGGGCGUAACUCGAAUUCCACAGCCGAUUGUUCAUUUUAUUCUGAACCAAAAGGCGGAUUUAAAUAUUGAAAAUAAUCGAGCAGCCAUUGACCGAAUUAUAUCAGAUUUGAAAAAAUUUGGUUUAGGCGAAUCGAUUGAUAUACGAAAAGAAACAUUUCAUACGCUUCCAUCAGCGUACAAAAAAGAAGGACAAACAUUAAUAUCAAAUGCCAAAUUACCAAAAGCGGUUAAAACAGCACCGGAAUUUAUCGAAUGUGUUCAAUCGUUAUGUGGAGAAAUUAUUCAUUCUGCUGAGUCAUAUUUAGAUCGAGUGAAAGAAUGUUUAGAUCCAUUACAAUGGUUAUCUUCAUCGAAGACGAUUUUCGAUACUUUACAAAAAUUUUCUGAUCUUACUUAUUAUCAAGAUAUUUAUGAAAGACGUUUAGAUGAUGAAAUACGUGAACAUAUACGUAAUGACUUAACAAAAAUAUUCUCUACUAAUUUUCGUGAUGGAUUAAUUGUUGAAUCAUCGCACAAAACUGAACAAGAAAUUCAUGAAUUAUUUCUUAGUGAACAAAGUAAAAUUCAAGAAACAGCUCGGGAAAAUCUUCAAGCGCUUUUCAAAUUAUUAAAAGUACCCGAUACAUUACGUCGACGAACUGAACAAUUCUUAUCUGUUCAAAUCAUUGAAAUGUUCAAUGCGUUGCAGACAUCAACAAUUGCAGUUAAUGAAAGAGAAAGGGUAAAAUUAAUUGUAAGAAAUGGUGAAGGUGAUUUACAGAAAUUAAUUCAAGAUGUUAUUCAAAGCGGACAACAAAUGUCAAUAAAAGAAGCUUCAACACAAUUUAAUCGAAUGUUCGACAAUAUAUUGCAAUCCAUCAAGCGUAGAUUUAUUCCAGAACAACGAUUAAAACAAGCAAUGAAACAUAUUUUCACAAAUCACAAUAUCUAUGAAAAACAAUGCUUACCUCACUAUGCAUAUAUUGCCAAUCAUUUUAUGAUGCUAUCUAAUAUUAAUGAUAGUCAACUAUCUAUUGAUGAUGUCGCUGAUGAAAUAGUUAUUUUAUUUACUCGUCUUGGCUAUCAGGAGAGUUCCGUCAUCGCUCAUUCUUACAAUCCAAAAACACAAUACUCGAUCGAUAUGAUUUAUAAUCUGAUCUAUCUAAAUAAACAGCUACUGAAAGCAGCUUACACUCAUUUUAUCAAUGAGUUUAAUCAAAGUUUAGGCAAUCAUCAACUGAUAGAUAGAAGUCAACAUCAUAAUAAAGGUAAAAUUCGAUCUAGAUUGAGUUUGAUUAUACCGCCUUUUCGUGAAAAACGAGCUGCUAAACAAUUUCCAUCAUCAGUCAUGAUCACAACGGAAAAGUUUCAACUCGCCAUUAGAGAUCAUAUUCGAUAUGAAAAGCCUACAAUCCUAGAAGAAACACGUAUAAAUGAAGACCGUAUGUACUUCGCUAUAUCAAGAGUUAUUGCAGAAAUUAUCAGUAGAAUAAGGACAAUGAUGGAAAGUAAUGGAAAUGGUCAAACGAGACAAAUUCGAACAGAAUUAAUACAAAGAAUCGUUGGUAUAAUUAACUCCUUAAUUAUUGAGGUUGAUAAUGAAUUAGCUCCGUUUUGUCUAAGUUUAAGUCUUCAAUUGAAAUCAACAUUUCAUACCUGUGCUGUAAUUUUACUCACUCAAUACUAUUACGAUCAACAGAUGAAACAUUUUUUUCAAACUGUAUCAGAAUUAGACACAAAAAAAGAUGAUUUAAAAUCAUAUUUCAUUAGUAUGGUUGUUUCUAAUGCUUCAAUCGAUGAAAAUUAUGCGAUGAACUUUGCUAAAAAAUUCAAAGAGCAUUUAAUUAAAUUAUUUAUGCAGGAAGGACAACAUACAAUACAUAGAGAAUUGAAAACAUACGAUUGUCUCAAUCGUAAAUGGAUACAAGAUCGUUGUGAUGGACUAUUAUUAACUAGUGAUCAUCAAUGGCUUUCGGAUUAUAUUGAAAAUCCGACCAAAAUUAUCGAACAAUUUUUUACGGCAUUAUGGGGCCAUAUUGAAGAGGCUAUCGAUCAAAAAUUAACGGAUCAAAAAGGCUUUUAUGUCGCCAGAUUAAAUGAAUUUUUCUUUUGCAUACAAGGAAUGUUGGAGACGGGAAGUAAAUUAGGUGCGGCUGCAACAUUUGUUAAUGACGUUUUUCUAUCUGAAGAAACAAAUAUCUUAGACGUUAAUAAGAACUUAAUUAACAAACAACGUUGUAUGGCUAGUUUGUUCAUGAAAUAUUUUACUGUAAACGACAUACCCAUAUCAUUUAAUGCCGACGGAAAAAUGUAUCGUUUAAGAAACGACGCUCUCGACGCUUUUCGACUGCUUUUGCAACAACGACCACCAAGUCGAGAGUUAUCAACUGUAAUUGAACAAACUUCGGAGAUUUACAAUGUAAGUUCGAUUGGCAAUUUAGUUAUCUUCUUACAAACCUUAUUAAGAUCAAAGGAGACAUUUUUGACUGAUCUUAAUCGAUGUAAAAGUGAUUUUAAGAAUAUGGACAGUCAAGAGACAUAUGCAAAUCUAUUGGAUAAAGUACGUGGAUGCCAAAACCUUUGUCCGUGUUGUAGACGGCCUUGUGAUGUUGAUCAUACGCAACUGAGAUCUUCGCCUGGUUCGCAAUAUAAUGAGCAUCGAUGUUUAUCCGGUCACUCAUUACGUGGCAUGAAUGGCUAUAAAUUCGAAUUUACAGAAGAGCCAUCAUUAUUCAUGUGUGAACAAAUUAAAGAUCAUCAAAUUAUUGUGAUUGGCUCAGUACGUUGUCGGUGGUCUCAAUUUAAAAAAGAUCAUCCCGAUUGGAUAUUUGAUUCUGCAUUGAAUGAUGCAGAAUUGAAUCGAUUACAUGGCAAAUUUCUAACUGUAUGGCAAAAAGUUGGACGACAAAUUUGUGAAAAAUUCAAUAUGAAAUUCGUUUUACAUAAUACACCUCAAAAAACGAUUGUUGAAGCAUUUCAUUUUAUUUUAAUGUUGGAUGCGUCCGGAUCCAUGAGCGGAGGAAAAUGGCGAAAUUUGAUACAAGCUGUUCAAGAAUUUUUAGAUCGUCGUCGCUCAUUGGAGACACAGGAUCGUAUAACAAUUAUGGUUUUUUCUGAUCGAGUAGAUAAUACUUUCUCAAACGAAGAAAUCAACAAUGUUGAUGUCAAUCAAAUUCCAUAUCUCGGUGGACUUACAUCAUUUAAGGUUGCAUUUACACGUGUCAAUGAAUGCAUAAUUAAAUUCAAACAACAAGCCGUUGACAAUUUUGCUAUCGUAUUUAUGAGUGACGGGGACGAUGAGUAUCCAGAACAGGAAUUAAAUCAACUCGUAGAAGCUCAUGAUACUGUUAUUCAACGAUUUUGGACAGUAGCAUUGAAUGAUGGAGAAUUACCCUCAACAGAAAUAUUAAAACGUAUUAAUGACAGAAUGAAUGGUUCAUUCUAUGAUGUAACAACAUCACAUGAUUUAAUUCGAGUUUAUGCCGAAGUGGCGACCGAUUAUUAA